AAAUGCUGCAAAUAUGAAUAAAAUUUCAUGUGUACUUAAAUAAAAUUAUGUAAGUAUGUAAAUUGCUCUAGUAAUAAUUGUAAUAUUAACUAAAACUUAUUUCAUAUACAUAAACAAGAACUAAUUGUUCAUCACAUAUUAUACAUAAAAAGUAACAUACUUUAAUAACACACUCAAUUUCCUUUUGAAGUUUUCGUUCCCAAUCUUCAAACUUGAAAGUUUAAUUCUCAAGGAAGUAAAGAUGCUUGAUAACAAAAUUAUUAUUUUCUUCAAGAUUCACGAAGACCAUCUUAUAUACUUAAAUUCUUUAUUCCUUCCAACAUAUAAAUUCACAACAGCAUCCAAAUAUUAUCCAAAAAUAACUAAUGACUAAAUUAUGAUACCCUUAGACCGCUAACAACCAAAUAAUAAUUUAUAUGAAUGAUCUUUGUCCACAUGACAUAUAUACGAGGUAUCAGAAAUACGUAAAUAACUAAAAAUUUACUUGCAAUUGUAACACUAUAGCAGCUAGCCACAUAUUUUUCUGAAUCUCAUCUUUUUAUUUUCAAACACAACACUCGAAAUUUAUUAGCGGCUAAAUUGUGUACUAAAAAAUGCACCUGCGCAGUAGUUGUGUUUACGUGCGUGACAAAGUACUACGAGCUGCGAGGUUAAGACAAAUCAAGACAAAUCGGUAUAUCAAUUAAAUACUUUAGGUCGUCUAAUACGAGUUCUAUAAAUGUUUAAAACCUCAAUUUGUGUAUAAAUAGUGUCUAAUAAUUCUCUUCAGAUAGUUUAGUUAUUUAUUUAUUUUUUAAUUUGGAGCAUAUUAUUUGUUAAACAAGUAGGUACUCUAACUGAAGAUUUUAGUUUAAUCUUUCAAUAAAUGCUUUACUUAAUGCUUUUAUAUCAUUUAAAUAAUCUUGAAUAUCAUUUAAAGGAAAAUUACAUCUUAUCAGAUACCAAAAUGUCUGAUGAAGAUGAGCCCCAAUAUGUUAAGAAGCCAAGGACCAUACAUUAUGGUACAUUGGAAGAUUCUCUUAUCUCAGAUUCAAUUAGAGAUGGAAAAGAUGGUGACCCUAAGCAAUUACUUGCAAAUGUUCAUAUUUCAAAUGAAUAUAUGGAUCUUGAAGAUGAAAUGUCCAAAGAUCGUCAACAGUUAUUGGAAGAGUUUGAAAGGAGGAAAAAAGCAAGGCAAAUCAAUGUAUCAACCGAUGAUUCUCAGGUCAAGAAAGAUUUAAGACAUCUGGGAGAACCAGUUUGCUUAUUUGGGGAAGGUCCAGCUGACAGACGGAAUCGUCUUAAGGAACUUUUGGCAAGUUUAGGAGAGGAUGCUAUCAAGAAAAAAGAGGAUGACGAUACUGCUCCUCAAAAAGAUCCGGAAACAACUUGGUUUCAUGAAGGACCAAAAUCCCUUCUUCUUUCUCGUAAAUGGAUUGCAGUUUAUUCACUUGCUCGAGCCAGAGAGAGACUUGCACGAGCGAAAAAAGAAUUGGAAUUACCUUCUGCUACUAAGACAGCAAAACGUCAAGAAUUAAUCAAAAAAUUGCAUGGAUUAAAUAUAGAAUGUUCUCAAAUUGGUGACACGCGUCCAAUCUCUUAUUGCCAAUUCAGUCCAAACUCUAAAAUACUAGCCACAGCUUCCUGGUCUGGUUUAUGUAAAUUGUGGUCAGUUCCUGACUGUACUUUAUUGAGAACACUAAAAGGCCAUGAAUGCAAUGCGGGUUGUAUUGUUUUUCAUCCAAGAGCAACCCUUGAAGGAGAUAUUUUUGAUGAUCAUGCAGCUAGAAAAGUUGUGAUGGCCAGUGCAGCAGCAGAUGGUAGUGUCAAGUUAUGGGGAGGUGGAAAAGGUGAUAAACCCUUAGCUGAGGUAGAAGGACACAAGCCAUACAGAGUUUCACGCCUUGCUUUUCAUCCAUCUGGAAUGUUCUUAGGAACAUGUGUACAUGAUUAUUCUUGGCGGCUAUGGGAUUUGCAACAAAAAGUAGAGGUGUUGCAUCAGGAAGGUCAUACCAAGCCAGUUCACUGUAUUAGUUUCCAAGUUGAUGGUUCAGUGGCUGCUACAGGAGGUCAAGAUUCAUUUGGAAGAGUGUGGGACUUGAGGACUGGCAGGUGUAUUAUGUUUAUGGAAGGCCAUCUCAAGUCCAUAUUUGGCAUAGACUUUGCUCCUAAUGGCUAUCAUAUAGCAACGGGCUCGGAGGAUAAUUCAGUUAAAAUUUGGGAUCUUCGCAAAAGGGCACACAUAUAUACCAUUCCAGCACACGUGAACCUUAUCUCAGACGUGAAAUACCAAAAAGAGCAUGGUCAAUAUCUAGUGGCUGCUUCGUAUGAUCAUACUGCGAGUAUAUGGUCACAAAAUACUUGGCAGCCACUGAAAACAUUAUCAGGUCAUGACAACAAGGUAAUGUCAGUUGACAUCUCUUCAGAUGACAAAUAUAUCGCCACAACUUCGUACGAUCGGACUUUCAAAUUAUGGGCUCCAGAUUCGUUAAGUUAACGUACAUAACUGUAAAUAGGUCAUUUUUUAAGUGUUUUCUGUAGCUUUGACUAUUCUUUGGACUAUUCUUUAUACCAAUCCUGAAGACUAUCAUUGAGUGAUAAUGUAUUUUGCAAUUAUUGACUGAAAAAGUAGAUUGAUUUUAUAAACAGACACGCAACAAAACUUAACUUAUUGACAUAUUUCUCAGUUAAUUAUUCGACCAGAUUGAAUGAAUAAAAUGUUGAUUCUAUUGAAUGAAAAAUAAUAAUAAUAAAUGUGUAAAUAGUCAUGUAAAUCAGAGUCUACGCUUAAUCACCUGUAACGCGUACGCACAAGCCGUGCCGAUUUUCGGCUCAUUAACUUGAUCGAGCGUGUAUAUGGUGGAGGUCAGUCAGCGACCCAGUGCUGUCUCAGACGAAGAUCGAUGAGAGUUGCAUCUUUGUUCGUCCGCUCGCACGCCGGGCGCGUGUCUUCUUAUCAUUACUCUCUUCUCGUGACUUUAUCAAAUCGAAUGACGUCAAUGCUCGCGAAAAAUGAGCGCGCGCUCGCAACGUCUAUUGCAUUCUUGUGCAUUUUAUUUUUCAAACGGGGAGAGUUGGACUUUAUUCCGAUGGACUUUGGGGUCUAUUGAAAUUUUCGUAUUUGGCUGACGGAACGUAGAUACCAUUUCAAUGGAAUUUUAAUAAGUGAUCGACGUCAGCCUGUAGAUGUGCCAUAUUAUUAUUCUUUUAUUGACAAGAAUUGGACUUUAUUAUCCACAACUGUGAUUAAUAUAAUGCAGUUUUACUAGGAAAAAUCCGCACGAUCGUCUUUCUAUUUUUAUUAUCUCUAGACGAUUUUGAAAUGCCAACGAUUAGAUAAUGAGCUGAGAAUUGUUUCAAAAAAAUAAAGCUAUUUCAAAGCUUCAGACUAUCGAAAAUAAGAUUAGUUGUGUUAUUGUUUAGCAAAAAAAGUCGACUUCGCAAUAUUGAUAAGCUCCGAUUUCCGCAAUGAUGAAAAGAAAAAAUUAAUCAAACGAUUGAACUUUGCACGACGCCAAAUCAAACGCACAUCCUUGCCGAACGAGUCGCAUCAUAAUCUGCAAUUCUGCACUGCAAGCAUAACAUAGAAUUCCCGCCUCAUUUCCAGUUUGUUUUCAAACAAACUGAUGAUAUUACGCUCAGGGUUAUCUGUCGGCUUAGCUGUCGGCUACACGAAAAUAUUCCUUCGCUGGCGUUCAAGUUUCAGACCGCGAUUACAUCUCUCCGGGUAAAUUCGCGCGCGAAACUUUUCCAGCCGAUUAUAAUCAAAAUCAGCGAUAAGGAUCGUACUGUCGUUCGUAGCGAUCGACGCCUUCGUCCACGGGGAUAAAUGGUAAAUUUUGCAAGAAACCAAUCGCAAACAUCGGGGUACAGGCUCGGGACGAUAAGCCGACCUUACAGGCAGUCGGGCGUCAAAAUAUUCCGCAGAGUGCGUAAUCUCAGCUUUUACGUAACGAGCGGCUCGCGCCAGACGACGAAUGUUUUGGCCGCGGUCAGUUGUCCGUUUGAUUGCCGCAUCUGAGCGAUAAGCCAUUGCUCGCCCGAGACGAGAGGGCCGCGCGACAGCGACGACUCGAUGGGUCGCCGAGUCGAUGCUUGAGUUCCGCACCGGAGCGGCGGCGCAAUAUUAAUGAGCUCGCACUCGGACGCAACUCCCGCCAAGCAUGCGCUUAUUUUCGUUGCCGCUGAUUAGACUCGCGUCGGAGCUUGAAAACGAGACUGCAAGGCUCCUGCGUAAAUCUUUUUUUAUUUUGAGAAAGGGAUUGUCCGAAUCGCGUAGCGCACCGAGUGUUGCAAGUAACGAAGUGCGCUAAGAUCGACAUUUCAAGUCCGAACGAAAUGCAAGCGAACGACGAAGAAAUGAAGCACUUUUAUAAAUUUCAACGUUUUUUACAGGAAUGUAAUGCACGCGGGCAUCUCCGUUGAUUAACAAAUCCUUGAAAUUUCAUCCAUCCGCUCGAGAUGAAAUCCGAAGCGACCAUUUUUCUCGCGGAUCGAACCGAAUGGCAGCAACAAAACAAAAAUAAAAGAAGAAUCAAUAUGCAUUUACAUCGUCUAGCUUAUCGCGAGAAAGCAUCAGAGAUGGAUCAGAAAAAAAAAGUCGCGCGCAACGAGGCUUCCACUCCAAAAAAGAAAAACGAGGAGAAGGGGGAGGGGGAGGAGGAUGAGGGGCGCGGUAGCAUGCCAAAAUGAAAGAGCGAUUAGGCUUAUCUUGAUAUCGCUUGAUCCUUGCCCUCCUCGCCCCGCGCGAGAUACGUCGCUCGCGACC